AUGUCAGUGCAUUAUACAGCAACAAGCACCAGAGAAUGUUCUGAUGUCGGCCAAGGCGCAACAUCCCAUUAUGGCGUUGGCGAUCAGUUCGCCGUCAACGGAAAUGCUGCUCAGUUUAAUGCUGCUGGCCAAGCUGAACAAUAUGUCUUCAGUGGAGAAGGCAACAGCAUGAAUCUAUUCAUUGGCUUGGAGGCAUUCAAAAAUGAUAGCGCUCUCAACGGUUUACUGCAAUUGGCCUUGAGUAUGUUACAAGACGUAUAA